GCAUCCCCGCUAUGUGCCGCUACGACGCCGCUCCGAGCGCGGGGCGCGGAGGCGGCUGAGGCGAGGGCCCGCUCUUCCCGCCGCUCCUCGCGCACCUGGCCGCCAGGUGAGGCCGAGGGCGGGGCGGCGCGCAGGCGCAGGGGGCGCGCACCUGGCUGCCACGAGCGGAAGGCGCCGCCACAGCCCCGUGCGCCGUGGGCGGCCUCCGGCCGGGGCGGGCACCGCGCUUCCCUCCGCCGGCAGCCGCUCGUCCGGGAGACCCUUCUCCCGCCGGACCAGGUAUUAUAUUUUCAAGAUAUGCUGUAAAAUAGUGUUAAAGAACAUCAUUCAGAGAAGCUUUUGUUUUGAAAUAAACUCUUAGAACUAGAAUGGCUUUGAAAAUAAUGCCUAAACUAUUCAAGAAAUUAUUUUUUCACUGGAAACUUUGGAAAUUUAGCAUUAUUGUGUUUGUCUUUCUAGUAUUUUUAUUUUUAUUGCAACGAGAAGUUGGUGUCCAAGAUUUUAGAGAUGAAGGAGGGAUUGAGCCAGCUGUCAGAAAGAAAAGUCAUGUAUUAGGUCUUGUGUUAAAUGCUAUGAACAGUAUCAAUGGUGCAAAGCCAAAAAUGCAGAUAAAGGCACCUGUACGGCAAACUAAGGUUCCUGGAGAGAGACGCUGUUUGCCAGGACACUACACUGCGAUGGAACUAAAACCCUUUCUAGAUCGACCCCUUCAAGAUCCUAAUGCUCCUGGAGCUUCUGGUAAAGCAUUUAAAACCAUCAACUUAAAUCCAGAAGAGCAGAAAGAAAAAGAGCGUGGAGAAGAAAAGCACUGUUUCAAUGCAUUUGCAAGUGAUAGGAUUUCGUUACACCGAGAUCUUGGACCAGACACUCGACCUCCUGAAUGCAUUGAACAAAAGUUCAAGCGUUGCCCACCAUUGCCAACCACAAGUGUUAUAAUAGUUUUUCAUAAUGAAGCGUGGUCCACUCUGCUCAGAACUGUUCACAGCGUGAUGUACACUUCUCCUGCCAUACUGCUAAAGGAAAUUAUUUUGGUGGAUGAUGCCAGUGUUGAUGAAUACUUGCAUGAUAAACUCGAUGAGUAUGUGAAGCAAUUUCAGAUCGUUAAAGUAGUCCGUCAAAAGGAAAGAAAAGGUCUAAUCACUGCACGGUUAUUGGGAGCUUCAGUAGCAACAGGGGAGACCCUCACCUUUCUGGAUGCUCAUUGUGAAUGCUUCUAUGGCUGGUUAGAACCAUUGUUGGCAAGAAUAGCUGAGAACUCUGUUGCUGUUGUAAGCCCUGAUAUUGCUUCCAUAGAUCUCAAUACUUUUGAAUUUAGUAAGCCAUCUCCUUAUGGGCAUAACCACAAUAGAGGAAACUUUGACUGGAGUUUGUCGUUUGGAUGGGAGUCUCUUCCUCAAUAUGAAAAUAAAAGAAGAAAAGAUGAAACCUAUCCAAUUAGAACACCUACUUUUGCUGGAGGUCUCUUUUCAAUAUCAAAAGAGUAUUUUGAACACAUUGGAAGCUAUGAUGAUGAAAUGGAAAUAUGGGGAGGUGAAAAUAUAGAAAUGUCUUUCAGAGUAUGGCAAUGUGGUGGACAGUUGGAGAUCAUGCCUUGCUCUGUUGUUGGCCAUGUCUUUCGCAGCAAGAGUCCCCAUACUUUCCCAAAAGGUACUCAAGUGAUCACACGUAAUCAAGUCCGCCUUGCAGAAGUCUGGAUGGAUGAAUAUAAAGAAAUUUUUUACCGAAGAAACACAGAGGCAGCAAAAAUAGUGAAACAAAAAACAUUCGGAGACAUCUCAAAAAGACUCAACUUAAGGCAGCGUUUGCAGUGUAAAAAUUUUACCUGGUAUCUCAAUAACGUUUAUCCAGAAGUAUAUGUUCCAGACCUAAAUCCUUUGUUUUCUGGAUAUCUAAAAAAUGUAGGUAACCACAUGUGUCUGGAUGCUGGUGAAAACAACCAUGGUGGCAAACCAUUGAUUAUGUAUUCUUGUCAUGGACUUGGAGGAAAUCAGUACUUUGAGUAUUCUGCACACCAUGAAAUUCGCCAUAACGUUCAGAAGGAGCUUUGUCUGCAUGCUUCCAGAGGACCUGUGCAGCUUUGUGAAUGUAGCUACAAAGGCCAGAAGAUCUUUGCCUUUGGAGAAGAGGAAUGGCAGCAUCAAAAGGAUCAAACUCUGUACAGUCCAGCACUACGUAUGUGCCUUACAGGAAAUGGAGAGCAUCCAAGUUUGGUUUCCUGCAACCCAUCAGACCCCUUCCAGAAGUGGAUCUUUGGCCACAACAAUUAAGAUUUGCUAUCUGUAGACAGGAGCAUCUUAUUAAAAGAACAGUUCUAUUUCUGAACAGAGACUGUAUGUCUAUGCUGUUUUAAAGGGAUGCAUACUUCAAAUGCAGAAUUUUUAUUCCUUUUCUUUACUAUGUGAAUUGGAUAUAAAAUGUGUAGUCAGAGAUUCCCUAGGAGUCUGUUACACCAAAGAAUGUUUGAGGUCCCAAUUAAGGAAAAUGUUUACAAUAUUUGCAUGAUAAGACUCUGUGUUAACCAUUGAUUCGUAGAGCCUGUAGUCCCUUUUCACCCUGGGGACUAUGUGUAUAUUGGUUUACCACAUGCUGUAAGUACUUCUGAAGACAGCCAGUUUACUUUGUAGAGUUAGGAGAAAGUGUUGUGUACCAUCUGAAAGCCAAAAGGCUCCUGUGUGUGUGUGUGAGACUGUGUGCGUGCGUGCGUGUGUCUUCAUGCUCAAUUGACUGACUUCAUGUAAUUUUUUUUACAUUGUUUAUUUCACUAAGUGAAAUUUUCUAUUUUUUUUUUAAAUUCCCUCAUUUGAAAAAGAACCAAAGAGGCUCCCAUACCGUGCUGUUGUGCCUCUAGCAAAACAACACCUUUGUUGUAGAAAAAAACCCUAAUUCUUACUGAAAUAUGUUAUUUAUAUGUAAUUAUUUAAAUGGAAAACCUGCCUACUCUGACGUGAAUCUCCUUUUGUUUAGCCCAAAUUCUACAGUUUAUGAUGUUGUGAAGUUUAAAAUGUAUGGCAGUUACAUUGUUAGAUAUUCUCAGCUUUUUGAUACUGCUUUUAAAUUACUAAUGUGUUUUCUUUUCACUUUCCAGUGAUUUAUGCAGUGUUAACCCAGCACGUUUCAAAUCUUAUAUGUACGUCAUUUCCUGUGCAAACACCUCAAUACUGAGUUGUUUUUUUGUUUUAAUUGUUCUCUGAUGUUUCCACUUUUCGAAGGACUGACCUCACUUCUAACAGUGAGAGGUUGGCUUUCCAAUUUUAAUGAAACAGUGUAUUCUUGUAAGGAUCCAAAAAUGUACGUUAAUAGAUGAUGUAGAGCUCUGACUUCAGAAAUAGCCUUCCUUUAAAUAAGUAUUUUAAAAAUAUUUAUUUCUUUGGUUCUUUUACUGGAUGCACACUUGUUAAGCACUACUCCGUUAGCCUUCAUUGCAGUCGCCAACCAUGCCCACCUUCUGACUGUGACUAUUCCAGGCCUUCUUUAAUAAAGGUAACUGUACAAAAAUGUCCUUUUAAAGAACAGAGAUUUACUCUCACUUGAAAAUGUUUACUUCAGGGUAUGAAUGUGAGAUUAAUGAUCACCCCAACUUAAAGCAUCUAAGAUCGUGUAAAAAUUGCACUUUAACAAGGUAAACUAUUGCAUAAUAAACUUUGUUCUCUGAUUUGGAGGAGACAUGGCUGGUUGCUUUGAAUUGCAAAGGUUUUUAAAUAACCUUUAAUUUGCAUGUUUUAUGAUGUGAGGGGGAGAAAUUACUAUAAAAUUAAUAAUUUUGUAGUAAGGCAGCAGCAAAAUAAAUGUAAGGGAAAUACUUAAAAGGAACCUGAAAGUGCCAGUUUUAUUACUUAGUAGGUUUGGGAAACAUCAAAGGUAGAAAGGUUGUUAGGCUUUGCAGCUUAUCGAAAGAACUGCAUUGAACAGCUGUAUUCAGAUGGAAGAGGAGGUUUAAAACCAACCAGCUUGCUUUUUAUUAAUGAACUCUUUAACAAUGCGAAUCACAAGAAACGUGCAAAUAACAUGAAACAAUAAGAUCGGGCCUAGUAAUGCAGUAUUUUAUGAAAUACUUAGUAUUUCCUUCAAAAACUACACUGAUAAGGCAAGGGAGAUUAAGGAAAAGAUCAUGGUUGCUGCAGGGAAAAAAAAAAGAUCAAAUACAGAGCUGAGACUAAUAACAAAGGAGGGAAAUAUACAAAAAUACAUAAAUUUCAAAUUUGUCCUGGUAAAUAACAAAUAUCAUUAAGGAGAAAUGCUUAUUUAUCUGUAGGAUCUGGUUAAUGGAUGGAUGUGGUGAGUUGUUGUUUUCUAGUGGGGGAAGGGAGCCUGUUUUGCUUUAUUUCAGAAUACUGGAAAAAAAUGAGUUCGGCAUCUGAAGAAACACAAGAAGAAAUGCUUUUCUCCUGAAGGUUUACAGCAGAAAACAGUUGGGGAUUAUUGAGAAGCUGACUAAAGACUGUUUUUAACUAUGUCUGAUUUCUUGAGCAAAAGAAAUGAGCAGAUUUAUAAACAGCAGUAGAAGGCACAAAGGGUCAGAAGCAGAUGCUCUCAUUGGUAUAACUUACUGCAUCUUUUUCUUGAGGAAAAUAUGAACCAGAACAGCAUCACACCAGACACUGAGGAAAAUAAUUCCAUCCCAGCUGAAACUAAGACCCUGUUGGUAACUAUACAGGGGAGGAAUGAGAAUCAUGCAGUACUCCCGAAGGAGUGGAGCCAUAGCUGUUGAAGAAGGCUUGAUUUGAGGCACAGGCAGCUCAGGCUUACUCCUGGAAGGAUGAAGCAGAUCCCAGAUGUGCUCUGAGGGUGGGUGACUCAAAGUAGCUUCUGCUCUCUCACCAACAUAAAGUCCUGCUGACCCAAUCCUUUGUGACUCCGCCUGGACACAGCACUGUUACCUGCACUGGGACUUUGCCAGCUCAAUAUACCCUCAGGAUUGUCUGCCAGUCUACGUAAACAAGGUUAUUACACUGGAAUGCAGUUUAACUUCAAAGAUGGACUUUACUAAGAUCCAGGGACUGGAUCCUGAUACAGACCGGGAAGGAGACAAAGCUGCAACCUGACUGGGAAGGACCAUUCCAAGUACUUCUAACUACUGAAACAGACUGAAACAGCUGUGAGGAUGGCUGAGAAAGGAUGGACUCACUACACUUGGGUAAAGGCAUCCACUAGCCCUAAGGUGUGGGAAGCUGUUGCCACAGAAGAACCUUUAAAGGGUUUCUCAAGAGACAGAGGCUUGCAUCACCAUUUGUUUCCUCCUGACUGCACUGCUGUACUUCAGAUCAUCUUUGGCUCAGCAGUCAUAAGGUCAGGAAAAACCUUCUAAACAUCAGAUUGUUGAGCAGCCGAGAGAUCUGGUCUCCAACAGUGGGAAGCUUUGAGUGACUCCCUGUUGUCCUGCAGCCCGCAGUCUGCUAACGCACAAGUUCCUAAUGAUUAUAAAGGCUGUGUAGCCAGGUUGCCUCCAAGCAAAAUGUCAGAAGCUGUUGGAAGAGAGGAAGGAGAGAAGAGCAUGGACAACUUAGGCUGCCAGGGCUGCAACAAGUGGAUGUCAAAUCUGCUCGGAGUUGGAAUAUGAAAUCAUACAGCAAGAACAGUAUAAUGGUCUGCUAGGUUAUUUUACGGGGUUCUGCACUUCAGAUAUUCCAGCUAGUUCUCUGUCUCCAGAGUAGAACUUUAGUGGUUUGCAGAAAAAGAGACUGAGUAUGCAAAUGUCAUUGGAAAUAAGAGACAAGAAACACUGAAGGCAACCGUGAGAUACUAAGAACAAGUUAGAAGAGA